AAAAGAAACGAAACUUAAGAAAGGGAGGAAGUCCAAAAGCAAGGACACACACACACUAGCUGGGAGUAAAGAGAGACACAGACACAGAAGUCUGUGAGAUAAGGAGCAUUUCAAUCGCUGAAAGAAACGAAACUGAAAGCAGAAAAAAGUAACAUUACACCACCAAACAUCACAGUGGCAGAGAGGCAAGGCAACAGAACACAGAAGAAGACCACAUGACACACACCAGUCAUGAGCCUCCAGGUUUGUCACUGUGGCUGGUCCAAAGUAACAACCUACCAUGGCCUGAGAACUCACCAGGGGAAGAUGGGCUGCACGCCAAGGGGUGUGAAGGUUGAAAAGAGUGAACAGCAGCACAUGUGGGGAAAUGUGGCAUUUACAAACAAUCAAAAGGACCCAAAGCUGGAUGUCGACACCUCUAUCAAGACUGACACAUCAGACUACUAUCCAGACAUGAGCCUCCAGGUUUGUCACUGUGGCUGGUCCAAAGUAACAACCUACCAUGGCCUGAGAACUCACCAGGGGAAGAUGGGCUGCACGCCAAGGGGUGUGAAGGUUGAAAAGAGUGAACAGCAGCACAUGUGGGGAAAUGUGGCAUUUACAAACAAAAAAAAGGACCCAAAGCUGGAUGUCGACACCUCUAUCAAGACUGACACAUCAGACUACUAUCCAGACAUGAGCCUCCAGGUUUGUCACUGUGGCUGGUCCAAAGUAACAACCUACCAUGGCCUGAGAACUCACCAGGGGAAGAUGGGCUGCACGCCAAGGGGUGUGAAGGUUGAAAAGAGUGAACAGCAGCACAUGUGGGGAAAUGUGGCAUUUACAAACAAUCAAAAGGACCCAAAGCUGGAUGUCGACACCUCUAUCAAGACUGACACAUCAGACUACUAUCCAGACAUGAGCCUCCAGGUUUGUCACUGUGGCUGGUCCAAAGUAACAACCUACCAUGGCCUGAGAACUCACCAGGGGAAGAUGGGCUGCACGCCAAGGGGUGUGAAGGUUGAAAAGAGUGAACAGCAGCACAUGUGGGGAAAUGUGGCAUUUACAAACAAUCAAAAGGACCCAAAGCUGGAUGUCUACACCUCUAUCAAGACUGACACAUCAGACUACUAUCCAGACAUGAGCCUCCAGGUUUGUCACUGUGGCUGGUCCAAAGUAACAACCUACCAUGGCCUGAGAACUCACCAGGGGAAGAUGGGCUGCACGCCAAGGGGUGUGAAGGUUGAAAAGAGUGAACAGCAGCACAUGUGGGGAAAUGUGGCAUUUACAAACAAUCAAAAGGACCCAAAGCUGGAUGUCUACACCUCUAUCAAGACUGACACAUCAGACUACUAUCCAGACAUGAGCCUCCAGGUUUGUCACUGUGGCUGGUCCAAAGUAACAACCUACCAUGGCCUGAGAACUCACCAGGGGAAGAUGGGCUGCACGCCAAGGGGUGUGAAGGUUGAAAAGAGUGAACAGCAGCACAUGUGGGGAAAUGUGGCAUUUACAAACAAUCAAAAGGACCCAAAGCUGGAUGUCUACACCUCUAUCAAGACUGACACAUCAGACUACUAUCCAGACAUGAGCCUCCAGGUUUGUCACUGUGGCUGGUCCAAAGUAACAACCUACCAUGGCCUGAGAACUCACCAGGGGAAGAUGGGCUGCACGAAGGGAGUGAGGAUCCCAAAGAGAGAGCAGUACAACUGGACAAAUCAGUGGGAAGAAGUGGAUCAAAGGAAACAUCAGCCAGCAAAGAGAAUGACUGUCAAGAAAGAGAACGCGCCAUCGCCACCAAGCACCAAGGUCCGCACCAAGUCUGCAGCAACAACAGCCACAUUUGAGGAGGAAUACAAAUCAUAUUUUCCAACUUCACAGCAGUCUUUCCAAACAGCCACAAAAUCAAAGUCGCGCCGUCAGCUGAAUGAUUUCUCCAGUGGUGUGCGGGUGAAGGAAUUGGCCCAGAUGUUUUCAGCUACUACAACCCAGGAAACAGCAGUCCGAGCAAAGGGGAAACACGGAGAGGAACAAAAGCUAUCACAGGUGAAGCUUAUAGCCGAGAAGAUUUCAGCUACCACAGUCCAGGGAAGAGCAGUCCACCCUAAGGAGAAAGACAAGGAGGCUCAAAACCUACAAAAAUCACAGGGCAGCUUGGACGCUGAGUGGCUGGAGAUCAACAGUGUGUUCUCAGAGGUGGUGAGAGUUGUAGAGGAUGCUAAGCAGAAGUCCCCUGGCCUUGUGUUUUCCAUCGGUACUCUGAGAGCUACAACAUCAACCAUGAUGGAACAAAUUCACCAGAAACUGGAAAACUGCUCAUCUAUUGAACUUAAAUGGAUUUCCAAGUUUGCAGUGGAUGUAAAGCUGGAUCAAACCGCCGCACACAGGUGCCUUGUUUCUACUGAUGGGAAGAAAGUGAGUAACGGAGGAGAGAACCAGAAGGCUCCUGAUGCUCCGGGGAGGUUUGGCAGCGUCCUGGGGAUCAACAGGUUGACAUCUGGGAAGUCAUACUGGGAGGUUGUUGUCAGCAACAAGACCGGAUGGGAUCUGGGUGUGGCAAGACGUGAUGCAAACUGCAGGAGGAAACUCUCGCUGAGCCCUGAUAAUGGUUACUGGGUUACUGCACAUUAUGAAAAUGAAAAGUAUGCAGCCCUGUCAGCACCACCUGUUAGUCUUUACCUGAAAGAGAAACCUAAGAAGGUGGGAGUGUUCAUGGACUACGAGGAAGGUCUUUUGUCCUUCUACAAUGUGACGGCUCAAUCUCACAUCUACUCGUUUACUGAGUGUUCAUUCACUGGAGAGAUCUGCCCUUAUUUCAGUUUGCACCUUAAAGAUGGUGAAAGUGCUGAUCCUCUGAUUAUCUCAACUGUGAAACACCAGUAAUUAUGUUUUAUACUCUUUUUAUGAGGGUGCGUGUGCAACAUACUCUUGGCCAUUUACUUUUUUCAUUGUUAAUGUUAGUGUUUUAUGGUUGAUGGUAACAUUUUUGUUAAAGCUACAUUUUGUGAAAAGGGACACACUAGAGAGAGUAACGAAAACUUGCAUGUAGUUACAGCAGACAGAAAGAUGUAAAGCUGUUUGCAUAAUCUUUUUUUUUCUUUUAAUAAAAUAAAUAAGCUCGAUACAAUCAGGGGUUUUGCUGCAAUAGCUUUACUUGCUCUGGUAUGACCAGUAGCUUAUAGUGGCUAAUGUUAGCAGUAUACUGCUACAGACAGUUCACUGAUUUCAUGACUCGUCUUGUGUGCAUGUGCUAUGGUUGCAGUUUAGCUAAAUGCUAAAUUGCUGUUUAGCAAAAAUUUUAACAGGCAUUUAGCAUCAUCCCAUGUCUCUAUAGCCGCAUGGCUGCUGUUCAACAAUAGUUACAUAGUGCUUACGACCUAAAAAUAUGUCUAGAUUCUAAGUGUUUUUUAUUAAAUGUUUUGACAUACAUUUCAUGACAUGUACAAAUGGGUAGAUGUUGACUGAAAAUUUGUGUGGAAAGGGGAAAGUCAGCAAAGUCUUUUCUGUGAAUACAACUCAUUAUUAGCACCAUCAGUGACUUCUGACCCCUGUCCUCUCUUCUCUUGGUUGCUUGUCAUGAAGGUGAAGUGGAAAUUUAAAGUUGUUUGUCUGUUACACUCAUGUUACUAAUACUUGUUAAACAUCUUCAGAUAAACAUGUCAGAGAUCCUGUACUUUUUAAAGCUGUUCUGGUAGCCUAUUUGGCAUACUGUAUCACAAGAGAGGGUUUAAUACUGUUUUGAUGUCAUCUGUAUGGCCCAUUACUAGGCCUAUAUGUAAAUGCACAGAGGAAUGAUUGAACAUUCAAUAAAAACACCAAGAUAUGUU